AUGUGGAGAUUACGAGUUUCCGGUAAAAAUGGCAAAAUCUUGAGUUUUGGCCAAAAAAAAUCAUCCUCACUAUUUUUCGCCACCAAAUUUCCCCAUAUUAGAACCCUUGCAGGACAAUCUACCGGUAAAAUCAGCACCCGAACUUCGCUGCGGAGCCGAAAGUAUGUUGCUGUUGCCGCUGGAGUCGUGGCAACCACCGCUGGUGCUUAUUACAUCGAUACCAAUUAUUUGUCAUCCACGGCAGUUCGCUCUAUCAAAGCAUUCUAUGUCCUUAUGUGGAUAGCAUACGAAUAUUCUCGGAACUCAGACAAGUACGAGCGCCUGGAAGAUCUCCACGAAGCCACCGCAGAGGCAUUGCUCCAACUUUUGAUGGAAAAUAAAGGAUUAUACAUCAAGCUCGGUCAGGCCAUCGCCAACCAAGGGUCGAUUUUUCCCAUCGCCUACCAGAAAAGGUUCUCCAAACUCUAUGACGAAGCGCCCAUAACCCCCUGGAACAAGGUGGAUAAGGUUUUGCGCGAGGAAUUGGGCGAAAACUACAGUGAAAUUGUGCAAGUUGACAAGAACCCCAUUGCUAGUGCAUCCAUUGCUCAGGUUCACCGUGGUCGCUUGUCUACCGGAGAAGAUGUGGCGGUCAAGGUGCAACACUACUACAUGAAAAACCAGAUAGUUGCCGAUCUUUUGAUGUACCGACUCAUUUCUCGUAUCUAUGAGUACGUUUUUGAGCUCCCAAUGACAAUGUUCACAAGAUACGUUCUGGACCAGAUGCACCACGAGACGAGCUUUAUCCAGGAGAGAAAGAACGGUGACAAGUUGGCGCAAAUGAUUGCGCAAGACAAAAGCGCCAAGGCAUUGAACGUACAUGUUCCUCGAACAUAUCCCGAUGUUCUGACGGAUCGAGUUUUGAUCACCGAAUGGAUCGAUGGAGUCUCGAUGGUUUCUCGCAAAAGGAUGGAGGCUGCUGGGUACAAUGUAGCCACGGCCAUGACUCAGUACCUCAGUCUUUUUGGCAGACAAUUUUUCAAGUAUGGGUUUGUUCAUUCCGAUCCGCAUCCUGGUAAUUUGAUGGUUCGUUUUGACAGCAACAAAAAGCAACAGUUGGUGAUCUUGGACCAUGGGUUGUACAUCACUCUCCCGGACAAGUUUCGGUGCCAGUUCCGAGACUUGUGGCAGUACAUUUUUUCUCUCAAUACGAAGGGAAUUCAGCAAAUUUCUGAAGACUGGGGUAUCGGAUCGUCGCAAAUGUUCACCACGAUGGUGACACUUCGACCUCCGCCCGAAGGCAGCCCGGGACACAUACCUCCACACAUGUCGAAUACCAGCGAUAUGAAGAGUUUAUUCAAAGACUUUUUGAGCGACGAGAAACGGUUUCCGAUGGAAUUGCUCUUCUUGAUGCGAACGCAGCGCAUGAUUCAGAACCUAAAUCUCCAGAUGGGAAGUCCCGUGAACCGGAUCAACCUUUUCACGAAGGAGCUGGUGGACGCUGCGUUGUCGGAGCACCAGCAAUGGACAACAUGGUUGGGCUUGUGGAGAGUAAGAGUGGCACUUUUGUUGAGCGAUGUGGUGUUCUGGAUCUUCCACAUCAAACAGUUGAUUAGCGGCCGGCACGAUGCGUCUGACGGCAUAGAGCGCUACAUCAUGGACUUUACCAAGGACUCGUCGCGUGCUAUGGGCUUUGACGUGUGGGACGGCGACGACGAGGUGAUAUACUAG